CCUGUCAUCCCGUGCACACAUAAAUUAGAAGCUGGAAUUGCCUAUUGUGCUCUAACGCAAUGGAUAGAUCAGUGUUUGCCACAGUGGGCAGAUCGGUGAUACUUUUUCCUCAACAGGUUCUACCACAAUGGGUAGUUAAAUGUUAUUUUGUGCGUCAAUGCGUUCUACCACAAUGGGUAGUCAAAUGUUAUUUUGUGCCUUAAUGGGCUCAUACCACAGUGGGCAGAUCAAUGACAAUGUUAUUUUGUGCUUCAAUAGGCUCGACCACAUUGGGCAGCAGAACAAUGAUUUUUUGUGCCCCAAUGGGCUCGACCACAAUGGGCAGAUCAAUGUUAUUUUGUGCUUCAGUGGGCUCUAAGCUCCACAAUGGGUAGUCGAAUGAUAUUUUGUGCCUCAAUGGGCUCCACCACAUGGUAGACUGUUACUAUUCUGUCCUACCACAAUGGGUAGACUGUUCUUGUUCUGUUGUACCACCAUGGGUACACUGUUACUGCUUUGUCCUACCACCAUGGGUACACAGGUGUUGUAGUUUUUACAUGCACUACACUGACUACAUGCAGCUGGCACAUUAUGUGUGCCGAUCACAUAUCUCGUAUUAAUAAAACAUGUUCGUACAACUUGAAACACUGACAACUUUAGGUAAAGUUACCUUCAAAUAACAAUUCGACACCAGGUUCCAUUAAAGACAACAAAGCCAUAUCAUUCAGAGCUUGCAAGUACAUUUUGUCUCCUUGUAUAUAAAUAAGACAUUAUUAAAUGUUGUUUUUGACCAAUCGAUCAGUCGUAUAUUUUGGGCAGUUAAAAGUGCCGAUAUUAACUCAUAAAAGCAUAUUGUUUGCCUCUAGAUCGAACAUUAAAAAGGUCAUCGCCUUGAUAUAUUUUAGAAGAAAGAAAUAGAGCUAUAUUUACCUGAACUUUUCCGAAUAUUUUCGAUCUCUUGCAUCCGUAUGAAAAGCUUGUAAAAUCUUUUGAUUCUUGAAGCUGUUUCUGACCGCUCCCCUCAUUUAACAAACGUUCCUGAAGCUUAAUUAUUCCCCCUGGAUUACGACAUCUUUACAUACAUACAAACAGACAGACACAACAUCGAGAUCUCGACAGUACAUAACUCGCGCGAAAGACUGGGUCGAGUGGACUCUGAGAAACGACCGCGUGUCAAGAAUAGUGUGCUGCGCUCGGCAGCAAUUACAUUUCUUCUUAGAAUGAUUUUUGGGGUAAGUGCAUGGCACUUGAUAUUCAAUCGUAAUCAUAGACUGGAACCUAAAAUGAGUAGUAAUUGAGUUUUUGAAAUUUAGUGUUACACGACGAAAGGCCUGGAACUGACUCGAGUUACCGUGGUAGAUUAUAAAUGUCAGGAAGUCUACGAUACUCUGGUCAAACCUGAAAAUGAUAUUGUCGAUUAUAAUACAAGGUAUUUUACUUUUAUAUUUUCGUUUUUCACAAUAGUGAAGUGCCAUAACUUGUUUCGGCGUGGAGAUUACGAUUCAAAACGCAAACAAAAGCAGAUUUAUUUGCAUUAUUCUUCAUAGAGCAGUCUAGAAUAUAGAGUAUAUUUUUUGUGUUAACUCAAUUGCAGUUGUAUUACCAAGAUAGAUGCGUCAUCUCGCCCGAAAAACGUGUCAUGUUUCGCGUCAAAACAUUCACAAUGCGACCACAUUCCCAACGUCGUGAAUUCGACAACUUAGAGUGUUCCUUAAUUAUACCACAUAUUUAAAAAUAUAUAAUUAGCUAUACCGCAUGCAAAGUACAAUCUGUCAAAAUGAGUAAAAUGUACAGCUUGAAAACUAGUCCUUUGAGGGCGUUUCAAAAUUCAACCGUAUGCAUCCCGAAACUAUUUUGAUGUAUAUGAAAUUUCUGUUUAUGAAAUGAAAUUUCGAUGGAGUUACGUGACUUACGUCGGUUAAAACCUAGUGAGCAAUUUGCUGUUUUUUAUUAAGUAAAGAAACAUUUUUCAGCGUAUUGGUGAGAAAAAUUGGCAUCUUUGUAAUAUGAAUGAUAAACAAUGAAAGUAACUCCCUACUACUAACCGUACUUCAGCGAGAUGGGAGCGUAGAGGAAAGACCCUGGGUACGAGGUUGAGUGCUCGUCGCCUUUGAUAAGAUUUCCAAAAAAAACCGUGCGGUAUAUACAGUACAAAUGUACAAUUUCUCAAUUUUAGAAAUGCAAGAGGUUUACUGUACAUGCCCAAGUGUUUACAUGUUUGUUUUGUCUACCCAUUAAGAUUUAGUGGUAUAACAGAAGAAAGCAUGAUUGGAGUGACUAUGUCGUUACGUGAUGUUCAAUCUGUGUUGCUGAGUAUGUUUUAUGAAGAUACUAUACUAUUAGGACAUAGCUUGGAAAGUGAUUUAAGGUCACUAAAAGUAAGUGUUAUUGGAUUAUUGGAUGAACCAGGGGCACUGAGCAGGCUUAAGCUUAGAUGUACAGCUUAUAUAACCAGGGGGUUGCACAUCUUCUAACAGAGGUCACAGUUAUUGGCAAAUGAUUUUUCUUUUUUUUAAAUACUGUAAAGGGAGUUUGAUAUAUAAUGAAGUUUUUUUCCAAAUAGACUUGCAUGUAUUGUGCAUUGGGUACAAGUAUGCCAUUUGGGCGUAACGUUUUAUGUUGUUUUGGGAGGAUGAUAUCAAGCUCUGCACAAAGUGAAAAGAAAACUCGUAUUAUUAUUUAUCUUGGAGGUCACCAACAGUGGUCCACUACAUUUUAGAAGAUAAUAACCGAAUGCAAUUAUUUAAAUAACACAGUUUUAAUAAGUAACGAGCUUGUUAACAAAAAUAUGAUCUGUUUUCACUGUUUCUACAGAUCAUUCACAGCACCGUUGUAGAUACUGCAAUAGUAUUUCCUCAUCGUCUUGGACUACCUUACAAAAGAGCAUUGAAAACAUUAAUGGCUGAAUUUGCAAGGAAAAUCAUUCAGGACAGCGGUAGGUGUUAGUAUAGAUACGUAUAUAUGUAUAUAAGUAAUCCAGCUAGCUGGUGAAAGCAUCACGUAGAAUAACAUUGAUCAAUUUGAAGGGUCAGCACCGGUCUGGGUGUCAGUUCUCCAUAGCCUGAAAAAGAACAGCAGUUCUCAACGUUUCAAGCAAAAGAGGGUUAAGGAGUGUUUAUGUGCAGCAUGUGGCUUUAUGGGCCCUGUAAGCGGGAUAAAUGUUGUAUUUUGAUGAGAAAAUUCUAUUCCGUUUGUCAAAACGAUUCCCUCGCAAUCCUAGCACAAAGCUAGCCUGGUUGCCGAGUGUUUUAACACAGAUGCCGAGAUAUAUACAGUAUGGCUCUUGGCAACUCACCACAUGAUCGUAGCAUUUUGUACAUCUACAAGCAAAACAUUAAGCUGUACAACAACAACAACAGCAACAAAACAACAUCAACCACCGCAACAACGACGACGACAACAACAACAACAACAACAACAACAACAACAACAACAACAACAACAACAACAACAACAACAACAACAACAACAACCAACAACAACAACAACAACAACAACAAAGAUUAACAGUGAAUGUUAAUUAAUAUGUACCCAAAAGCAGUAAGCAUGCAUGCAUGCAGCUACUGUAUAUAAGGGGAGACGACAGGGGUUUUGCAUGGAAUGCAUUUAGACAUUUCAGAACCAUCCUCAGAGAUACGAAAAACCAGUUUCAUAUUAAUCUGACACUGCAAUCGACCAACGAAAAAUUCGUUGGCUCGAGCGGGAUUUGAACUCGCAUCUUCGCGUAUCUAGACCGCCGCUCUAAGCGUUAAGUCGUCACGAAAAUAUUUCGUGCACUUAAAUUGGAUAAGACUCGCUACCAAUCCCCGUUGACUCGAUAGCUCAAUGGGUGGAGCGGCGGUCUAGAUACCCGAAGAUACGAGUUCAAAUCCCGCUCGAGCCAACAAAUUUUUCGUUGGUCGAUUGCAGUGUCAGAAUAAUAUGAAGCAUUUAGACAUGCUCGCCGUUUUUCUGUGACCAGAUAUCGUUUGAUGUCAGAAUUCCAUAAUGAUUUUAUCAGACCACAGUUUACACUCAGACCUCUACCUCAUCCCCGGGGGUCUAAAGGCCUUUUUCAUUACGGUCGCUUUGCCCGUGCGGGACAAGCAAACAUUUUUGAACAUGCGUUGUACCUGUCCACUUGACAGUUUUCAGCCGCUUUCGCCCUCGCUUGCACGCCAUCAGUGAAAGUCGAACGACUUUGAACUUUCUGGGUGCACGCACGGACUAAUUACACACGUGACUCGUACAAGUCGCUCGUCCUGCGCGAGCAAAGGGAGCAAAGUGACCGUAAUAUAAAGGGGCUUGGGAGAGAAAAGUUUUAAUAAUUGCCUAAUAGUUUUAUUCAAAACCGGUGGAAGGUAUAUUUUCAACAUAUCAUGAUGAAUAACGUCCAGGAUUUACAAUGAAUGUAUUGUCUUUACAGAAGAGGGACAUGACAGUUUAGAAGAUGCUGUAUCUUGCGUUGAGUUAAUGAUGUGGAGAAUAAAAGAAGAUAUGAAAAUAAAGGAACGAAAGAAAUAAUUGCAAGCACGGUUUAGCAAGACGAAGGAUUUUGUAUUUUGAGUUUUGUAAUGUUUUAAACUGAACUAGGCGAUGAGAUUGAAUGAGACAAAACUUAUACUCACAUGGUGUACAUUUGAUACAGUUUUGCAUUAAUAAAAUGAAUGUAGCUCCAAAGAUUCUAGAGAUAUGUGGCUACAAAUAAAAGUAUGUAAAACAAUAUACGAGGUUUGUGUAGCAAAUUCACACGUGCAUGCAAUCAAAAACAAGUUGCUAUGCCCAUGCAAUGCAUGCAUGUGUGAAAACAAGUGGUUAUAUACACGCGUAAAAAUUAUGAGCCUGCUGUUUAACAGCAUUGAACAAUGUUGUGCGGCC